CAUACGCUAUAAUGUUACAAAUCUACCAACUAUGGUAAUGAGUUGACAUGUAAAGUCUACUAAAAUCAUCUUACACUUAAACUGUGUAACUACGGUAAGAUUCUGUCCUUGAAAGAUUAUAUUUGCAAAUUCGUCAAAUAAAGAGGUAGGCUACCUCAAUUAGAUUGCCAGGUCUAUUUCUUUAAUAAUGCAUAAAACGCAAUUGUUUAACAUUUUUCAGUUUUCAUCACCUGUAUUUCUAUACCACUCAAAGACAAACAUCAUAAGGUAUCAGUGAGAUUAGUCUAGUCUGUGUUAAAAUUAAGUUUGGACUUCGUUAAGUUAUUGUGAUCAUCGUCUGUUCACAUUGUCACCAAAGCAUGAUUUAAAAAUAUAAAGUUGUUUUCGACUGUUAAUUUUUCGAUUGGAAUAUGCUAGACACCACGUGUGACGUUUUUUAUUGAUUAUUAUAUUCAGUGUACGAUCAACGACAACGGAAAAAAAACAGUUUACCAGCCCCAGUAAAAAAGUUUGUGAAAGUGGCCUGACGUCACACUCCCACAAUGCUCGCGCCCCACAACUCUGCUGCUGCAGCCUGAGGAGAGCGAGACACACUCAGGCCCCGAAAAAAGAAAAAUUAUAGAAAAAAUUGGAAAAAAUAAUAAAACAACAGAUCGAGGGGAGAAAGACCAGGAAAGGUGGCGUGGGGGCUCCCACGGUAGGUUUGCGCCUAGUCGGUGAUGGAAUGUUACCGGGGUUCCUUGUGAAAUUGACUAAUGCGGUGCUGGAAAGUUUUUGGUGGGUAACUGCUCGUUUUCCUGCAAGUCCUCAUAAUGUGGCUGCACGUUCUGAUGUGUGCAUGUUUUUUUAAUAAGAUCUUGAUAAUUAAUACGCGUAUUUUCUCCAAAAGUCGAUACCGUGCCGAUUAUGAAACUUCGCUGACAUUGAAUGUGAUGUUAUUAUCUUACGAUCGGACGUCAUCUAUUUUUGGUUAUUUUGUGAAAGUGUGUACAAGCUUCGGGUAUUUAAUUUUUAAUUACGUGAUCGCCUGUUUCUCCGAAGCUCUGUCGAUAAAUGUGUUGUAGAGAAUAAUGAUUUUAGUUGUAAACGAAAUGUAUUUGGUGUUUGCUGGUUUCUGCUGUGUCGAUUGAUGUUCUGUGUGCGUUUUGAGUAAACAGCCGAAUUUUAAGUAAUUUCUGAAUAUUUAUCGUUCAGAGCAUGUCUCUGUAGUCGGUUAGAGAGAACGAGGGAGAGAUAGAAGUUGGAGGAACGUCUCCGUUGUGCUUGAAACACUUCUUGUAAAGCAACAAAUAACUUUGUGGAAGUUCAACAAGAAUGCAACACGUAUCAAUUUGUGCACACUGUUGUUACAAUGUAGUAACUCCGAUAACAGCACAUCGUGAAACGUACAAUUGUCAAAUAAUCUCUUUCGUGGGUCAUUUCUACGAAACGUUUUCUAUGCUGUAAUAGUUUAUCGGGUAGGCUACCCGUCAUUUGUUUGUCAUUGAUCGGAUGUUCCAGGGCGGAUUGUGCAUCGAUGUGACUUUAGUGUCCUACCUUGACUUGUGUAUAUGAGCUUCUGGAAGGGUAUACCAUCUAUUUGGGUUAGCCUACUCUUAAAAGUAGGAGUGGUGUAUUCGUAUAGAUGUAAAGACAUUGGUUAUUUUACAUGUUUCUGCAAUUGCUCUAUAGCCUAUUGAUUAAGACGUUUUCAGUAGCGUAGAGGAUGUUGUAAUGGUUUGUAAGUUCUAUCUGUAAUAAGAGAUAGCGUACAGGGCUACACGUUUUAGCUAUUUACUUGGAGGAGACUUCUUAAGUUGUUCGUUCAUAGUGCAGGCCUGUGUGCUCAAACAUGAGUUAACUGAAUAGGAUUGGACCACCCUGUCAACUCUUUACUUGUUCUUUAAUUUGUGGCAUAGUCUAAAUGAGAUAAAAUAUGAAAGAAUUCACGUUUUAGCCUACUAUAAUCACAUGUGUAUAGUCUUGUCCUGGAUACACCAGUCUAGCAAAAGAGAAGCCAGAGAGUUUGAGAAGACAAACAGCCAAGGAGUUGACUCCAGGAGUAUUUAUGUGUUGUAAACACGUUUCCUGGUUAUGAAGGGAUUUCAGCUCCUCCGUGUGCUGCUCAAACUGGUUAAAGUGUGAACGUUAACGUUACAUCUAGAAGCUAAAACACCUGUAGCUCAGCUUGUUACUACGGGACACGGAGGUCCAUGUUCCACGCCGUCUAUCAGGCGGUUGAGGAGGUCACUAAAGAAGAAAAAUGAAGAUGUACAGUAUCACAACCUACCCACCCCUAACCGUAGCCGUGGGAACUGGGUAAGGCAGAGAACCUGCAAGAGAGACAGAAGGAGUAAGAGAAGAAGAGGUGAAGAAGGAGACAGAGAGGUGUUUGUGGAAACGUUUUUCUGGUAGACAUACCUUAGUCUCAAAGAAAAAAGGUCUGAUUGACAGCCCAUCCACUGCUGCUCCCCAUCUUCCCUUGUGCCACACCCUGUUUAGCCACGCCCCAGUCACUAGCCACGCAGAGUCUGGACGGGAGGGGAGCCACGGCCGCGUUUCAAUGGCAACGGCACCCUAGGGCUGCCAUGGCAGCAGCCGCCGCCGAUGCCCCAGGCCACAACACAGCACUGACGCAGGAGGAAGAGGACGCACGCGCCACAGCCAAGCUGUUUGGAGGCGCCGCACCGCCGCGAGUGGAGAGAGAGAGAGAGCGAGAGAGGGAGAGAGAGAAAGAGAGGGAGAGGGGAGAGAGAGCGGGCGGCCACGAGUGUCUGGUGUGCGGGGCUCUCUUUGGCUCGCCUGACAAGCUUCGGCUGCACGCCUUCUGCCACGCGGGGGAGAAGCCGUUCCACUGCUCGCAGCCCCACUGUCCGAAGGCCUUCAGUUCCAAAUAUAAGCUUUUCAGGCAUAUGGCCACACACUCUCCACAGAAGACUCAUCAGUGCUCAUUCUGUGAAAAGAUGUUCCACCGCAAAGACCACCUGAAGAACCACCUGCAGACCCACGACCCCAACAAGGAGGCCUUCAAGUGCGAGGAGUGCGGCAAGCACUACAACACCAAGCUGGGCUACAAGCGGCACGUGGCCAUGCACUCGGCCACGGCGGGCGACCUCACCUGCAAGGUGUGCCUGCAGAGCUACGAAAGCACUCCGGCGCUGCUCGAGCACCUCAAGAGCCACUCGGGCAAGAGCUCGGGCGGUGCCAAGGAGAAGAAGCACCCGUGCGACCACUGCGAGCGCCGCUUCUACACGCGCAAGGACGUGCGGCGCCACAUGGUGGUGCACACGGGCCGCAAGGACUUCCUGUGCCAGUACUGCGCCCAGCGCUUCGGGCGCAAAGACCACCUGACGCGCCAUGUCAAGAAGAGCCACUCGCAGGAGCUGCUGAAGAUCAAGACGGAGCCGCCGGACAUGCUGGGCCUGAUGGGCUCGGGCUCGCCGCCCUGCUCCAUCAAGGAGGAGCUCAGCCCCAUGAUGUGCAGCAUGGGCUCAGCCGGAGACCCCAUGAUGGCCAAGCCCUUCCCCGCCGGAGCGCCCUUCCCCAUGGGCAUGUACAACACGCACCACCUUCAGGCCAUGUCCAACCCGGGGGUGGGCCACCACCACCACCACCACUCCCUGAUGCCCGGCUCCCUGUCAGCUGCUAUGGGCAUGGGCUGCCACAUGGAGCCCCCGGCGUCCUUGCACCCGCACCACCCGCACCACCACCACCAUCACCACCACCACCAUCACCAUCACUCACCGCCUCUGCAUCCUCCAUCGCACUCCCAGCAUCAGCAGCCUCCGCACCAGUCGCAGUCGCAUCCCCAGCCCCCGCCCAAGUACCAGCUCGGAUCUACCUCAUACCUGCUGGAGAAGCCGCUGAAGGUGGAGAUGGAGAGUUUCCUGAUGGAUCUGCAGAGCGGGCUCUCCGUGGGGCCGCCCUCGGGUGAUCACCACAGUGCCUCCUCGCCCCCUAAGGACGGUCUGGAGGACGAGCUGUGCGUCGGCGACGGCCUUCUUUCCAAGAGCCCGGCUGUCAUCGCCGAGUCUCUGUGUGCUGCUAACAUGGACUUCUCCCACCUGCUGGGUUUCCUGCCGCUCAACCUGCCCCCCUACAGCGCCCCCAUGAGCUCCGGAGGCCUGGUGAUGGGCUACACCACCUCGUCGGCCAUCUCCUCCUCUUCCUCCUCGUCUUCUUCCUCCUCCUCGUCCUCGCACGCCACCGAGCCUCAUGGUGCCGCCGUCUCGGCGCUGCCUCUUACCUCUUUGCAACAUCAACCUCAGGAGCACCAAGGCUCCAGCGGGGGCCUCGGCCUGGGGCCCCUGCACCCCCUCCCGCCAGUGUUCAGCUCCAGCCUCAGCACCACCACCCUGCCUCGCUUCCACCAGGCCUUUCAAUGAGGGCUCCACCCCGCCCUGCCACACUCGCCUGCUUCCUCACCCGGAAGGCAUGCUGCCUCUGUGGGAAGGAGGGCAUGAGGGGCAGGGUGGGGGGGCAGAGGUCUGUGGGGACCCAAAGGUCCCCAUUAAAAGAGGUGGGAGAAUCAAACACUUGAACAUUUAGAAGCCUUAAUUGAAGCGCACAAAGCUUUUGAUUGAGCCUGGAGGAAUACCCUUUAAAUUGAGAAAAAGGAAGAAAUAGGAAAGGCAAAACAGAGCUUUUAUUUAGGCUGUUUUUGAAAAAAAAAAAAAAUAUGUAUGAUGUUUAACGUUCCCCCACUCGCCCUGACUCCUUCCAAACUCUUUCCUACCUCUCUUAUCUCCUACCCUUCCCUUAUAAAGUAGUUAGGAGGCAGCACCAAUAGGCCUAAAGGCAUGGUACUGCAGAAGUUACAAAAUAAUAAUAUUAAGAAAAAAAGUUUCAAAGAUUAAUGUAGAGAAGAAUCUUUCGUUUAUGAUGCAGAAAGACUAGUUUGAAGUGAAUAGGAUGUUUCUUUUAUCCUCUUUUGUUUAAAAAAAAAUCGCUUUUCCAAAUGUGAGACCUAACUUGUUUGCCCUUAAACUCAAACCGUCUUUGGCAGCCAGGAGUGAAAAGAAAGGAAAAAAAAUUUGUGAAGGAAUGAAGUCAAUAAGUCAGGCCAGGUAGUUCUCUCUCUCUCAGCAUUUAGCUGCCCGAGGAACUACACAUUUGGCCAAGAAAAUUGCCCAGCUGAGACAAUAUUAGCAAAGAAGAGGGAAAAAAAAACAGCAAAUUAUACCAAUGUCAGGGUGUGGACUACCAAGAGUCUUGAUUAAAGUGAGAAAGGACGUUGGCUAAAACUAGUUGCCCCUGUGAUUGGUAUAUGCUCUAUUUUUCCUGCGAAUCAUUCUACCUUUAGAGGUGCAUCUUUCAGCUGGGAAUCAUUCUACCUUUAGAGGUGCAUCUUUCAGCUGGGAAUCAUUCUACCUUUAGAGGUGCAUCUUUCAGCUGGGAAUUGAAAAAAGCCACAAGUUUAAUUUUCCUUUAAAAAAGAGAGGGAUGUUUAAAGUACAUAGGAAACAGCUGAGGUGUCAUACUAAUUUGCAUCCCUCUCACUUGUCCACAGCUAACCCAGUGACCAACCCUGAAAUUACAAACAAUGUUAAUAUUUCGUGAGGAAAUCAUAGGACAUUACACAGGUUUACAGCUUUCUUCGAGAGAAGCACUUUGUUUACAGCAGAAGGCACUUGAUUUACAAGGGUGCAGUGGCGACCCCAAUGACCCCUUCACCUUAACCCUUCACCAAGCUUCCUGGGACAGAUACCUCUUCUGAUGCUCGCGACCUAUCAAGGCCAUUCUCUACUAUGAGAGAUCUAUGUUUAAUAAUCGCAACAGGGAAAUCACAUCACAGGAGGUGGUUUACUAGGACCCCCAUCCUGUCUUCCUUCCAGCACUAAUUUUCAGAGGUCUCCAUGGCAACAAUAUUUCUCUUCCUGCUCCCGCCCACCUCAUGUUUUUGAAAUAUAUUUUUAAUACAAAUUUAUAUUAGGCAGGUUUUUCUUUUUAGGAAUAAAUGUUAAUAAUAACCCUGACAUAUGUGAAUAGAAACAAAUUUAUAACAAUUUCAGUUUAAAGAAAAAAAUAUUUUUGCAGUGUACGAAAUACCACAUCAGAAACUAUAUAUUAUAAUUGCUUUUAUUUCAGUAAAGUGUAAUUUAGAUAGAUGUAUUAAAACAAAUUGCUGAAUAAAAAAAAAAAAAAUGUUGUGGCAGAAAAAAAAUAGCAGGUUUACAUAUGUAUGUAUCUUGCAUCAUAUUGAUCAAAAAUGGAUGAAGUAUUAGCUUUUCCCUAUAGCUUUCUCUGUCUUAUUUGUUCUUACCUUUGUAUGUAUGUGAGUCAAGGAAGAGACCCAUCAGAAUUGUGGAGUGACACAUGUAUUUUAGGCUAUUAGUGGCAUAAUCAACUAGAAUGGAUUUAACAUAUCUUUGAUCCUCUCUGUAGUGUUUUAAUAGAAAGGCCCAUGUUUUGAUUGAUUUGGAUUUUAAAUUCUCACAGUAUUGAAAUUGAUAUUGACUUGGCCGGUAUAUUAGUAUGUUCAGUGACUGGUGUUAUGUCAAGUGACCCUUUCCACUGUAGAUGCAUGUUCUCCACUGACAAUGAAACGUAUACUUCAGCUUAAAGCCUUGAUCUAACUUCACCCUCAUCACCCUACCCCUUGUUAUCCCACUAGACUUGAGAACACUGUUGUUAAUGCAAUGUAAAGAGGUAGCUCAGCCUUUUCAUACACAAAGUCAGUCUGCCAAUCCAAAUGGGUCGAUGUUGGAGGCAUCAGAAUAUUCUCUUACCGGGGGAAACCAAACCAUAUAUGUAGUAUAUGUAGUUCAAGGAGCUCCCUCUUGUGAAACGCAAGGAAUUCGAGACUUGUGGGAACACUGUGUAACAUUUCAAUUAACUUCAGACGGAACGUUGUUGGAAUGUCCACCACGUCACACCUCUUCCCCAGCACAAAAAAAUAUAUAUGUUUUUAAUUCACUGCCACUCUUUUUUUUACAAGAAGGGCCUUAGAAUGCUUCACCAAAUCAUUGGUUGUGGCAGUCCUAGUUGGGGCUCACUCAACAGCAGAGGCUAUCAAGCACCCCCUCCACUCCGAGAGUUUAACCUGCCAGGAGAGGGCCUCCUCAGAAGCAUGUUCAUCUCUACUACAUAGCGAAUGUGAAUGACCAUAACAUAGUGAGUCAAAGAAAGAAAAUAAAAGUGGUGGCCACAACUCAAAAAUGACAUAUAACAAAAAAAAAUAAAGUAUUGCUGCUUUUUUAGCUAUGGUUGCCAACAGCAACUGUAGACCACUAGAGGAACAUUUCAAACUGCAAAGCUGUUUUAAGCAAAAAAGAAAAGAAAAAAGAAAGAAAGACAAAAAAACUGUCUAAAACAUGCACAGUAGUACCCACGAACUGGUUAGUCCUUUCGUCUCUGUUCUCCUUACUCAGCUGCUUCAGUGUCAAAGGAACAUUUUUUAUGAAAGGGUCUAAGAAGACACAAUAUCCAGAACAAAGAAGUCACCAGCCUGGUCUUUGACAUUCAAAGCAGGGGACACUUGAUUGGGAUAUUGCCUAGUCGUUUGUUGUCAUAUGAUAUAUUAUUUUCUGUUUGUUUGAAACAGGACCUCAGAAAAAAAAAACAACACAACACAUCACCUCAUUUUUUAUGUUUUUUUUUUUUUUUCAUACCAAAAACCUGGGGAGAAGAAAUAAUAUUUUGCACAAUUGCUUAAGUAAAAAAAACUAAAUAUAUAUACAUAUAUAUAUAUAUGUAUAUAUAUAUUGGAGAAAUGAAUCCGAUUUGUAAUACUGUAAGAAUAGCUCUUAAAAAAAUCAGAAAUGAUAAAAGUCUCAAAAGACAUUUGUUGCCAUUUUAAAGUACUUAACUGUUUUGACUGUCAAUUGACAUGUUUUCUGAUUUAAAAAAAGACUUCUAAAGAAAAGCAAUGAAAAAUACUUUUAGUCCAAGAUUCCUUUCAAAUCCUGGAUAUGGCUAUGUUCUAAAAAUACAUGUAUUUUUCCUAUUAUAAAUGUAUUACAAUACUUAUUUCAAGUCCAAAUCAGAAGCAUUUAUCUCAGUUUUGUCGAGCACUAUUGAACAUUUGUUUCAUGGUUGUCAAAAUAAAGAAAAUAUAUGAAAAGUUAAAUGAAAACAUUUACUUUCAUUUGGAGGCUAACAUUUAUCAGCUUUGUUCAUAUCAUGGCUAAGGCUAUCAAAUAGAUAAUUUCGCUUUAUUUUCCCUCUGAAGAGAGAAAGAAAAUGAAAAAAGAAAGAAAAAAGUAAAGCUAUUGGCAUCUAUUGAGUUUGUCCUCCCCGGGUUUAUGUGAGCUGAUCUGAAUUCUAGCACUUUUAAACCUUUUUAAAAAAAGAGUAUUUUUCUUUUAAGAUUUCAGCCUUAUAUGUUUGUAUGGUUUUUAUUUUUUGUAUUUGACCUUGUACAUGUAUGUGCCAUUAGUCUGAUACGUAGCCUUUAUUCAGCUUUGUUUCUUGUUUUCCCUCUUCCAGAAAGAGUUAACAGUAUUUUUGUUAGAUUUUCACUAAUAUCCCUCUUCAUGUCCCUAACUCUUCCUUUUUUAAUCCCACAAUGCGAAGAUCAAGUUUAAAUAUCCAAUCAAAUUAUUUUUUUUUCAUGAGAAUGUAUAAACGAGUCUUAAUGGCUAAGACUUUCUUUCGAUUAGACGAGCCAAAAAAAACGGCUCACCACAAUCUCAAGCAGGAGAAACUGCCCGAGAACCACCGCCAUCUCAGUGAGAGAAAGGAGAGAAGGAAGUGAAAACAACAAUUUUCAUCUCUCCCUUUCCCAGCCAUGCCUGAAGUGUUUUAGCUCUAAAGCAGUAGGGCUGACUUGUGCCGUACCGGCAGGAAAUGCCCUCCCACCUGCAGUGCUUGUGGUUUCAAUUCAAUUUGACAGGAGGACUUGCCAGGUUGUAGGUGGGCAUGGGCACAGGCACGAGCGCCUGGCAGUGGUUUGCCUCUCGUUUAUAGCUGAGCUAGAUGGCGUUGAUAAUAUUGGAACAUGGUGGUUUGAAUCGGGUGGCUGCUUGUCCAGAAGAGACACAGAAAAUUGGAACAGGGAAUCCCCAACUAAGCUACCAAUGAUUUGACAAAGCAGACAUCAAGUUAAAAAGAAGCUCAGUUUUGCUUGUUGACUUACUUGCGGCAAAAUUUGACAUUUCUCAGCAAACACAUUAUGUAAAGAGCACAGGGGAGUCAUCUUUGAUCUUUGAGCUCUUGACUUGACUCCAAGGCCUCAUCAGUUUCUAGGACUCUGUUGUGCCUACUAGGGAUGCACUUAUCCAUACGAUUUUCCCGCACCAAUAGGUGCAGAACUAAGACAUUUUAAGGGAAUAUAUUUUGAAGAAAAAAAGUAAAAUUUAUGGCAGAAAUUCAAUCAGAAUUGUUUUUAAGUAAAUGCCUCUUUUUUGUUUUGCUUUAUAGUAAGGAGAUGGGUACUGUCUGAUAAAGACAAAAUCCAUAUGUAGUUUUAUAUAUUUUUAGCUUCAUGUAAGUCUUGCAUUCCAACCUCUCUAUGUAUCUUUGUUUAGCAACAUAGUUCUUUUUAGUACUCGCUUAUUACUGCCACCUCUGGAAAAAAGGUGAAAUACAUGAAAAUGGAGUCUUUGCAUUCAUCCUUACACUAUUUUAUAUAGCAUGGAGUUCAUCAUCUACAGGGAGCGUUGUAUAAAGAAAAGAGAAUAUGCUACAGGAUAAAACAGUCUGCUUUUUUUGUUUUGUUACAUAACUCACAUGCAAUCAGUUUCCGCAGUGUAAAGUGACAGAUUUGUAUAUUGGUUGAUCCAAAGAGAUGACAUAACAACAUACCUAUUUACUUCUUGUACAGUACAUUGUAUCAUUUGACUUGUAAUGUGUUAUGUUAAAAUGAUUAAAAGACAAACCCACGGUUUCAUA